UAAUCUGUGGCAGAUAUUGUCGCCGAAUGAUAUGUCAUUUUUGAGUCGGUUUUGAUAAAUUCAUUCAGCAAAUAAAUUACAUUAAAACAAGGAAUUAACAACAAUAUUCGAAAAUGUCGAUCUUAGCGUACAAUGGUGGUGCUGUGGUUGCCAUGAAAGGGCAGGACUGCGUGGCAAUCGCUACAGACAAGCGUUACGGUAUCCAGGCCCAGACUGUGUCGACAAACUUCCCUAAAGUCUACAAGAUGGGCCCCACACUGUAUGUAGGUCUACCAGGUCUUGCAACUGAUACACAGACUGUGUUCCAGAGACUGAAGUUCAGAAUGAACCUUUAUGAGCUUAAAGAGAACAGAAUAAUGAGGCCCAAGACAUUCUCAGCGAUGCUCUCAAACCUUCUCUACGAGAGGCGCUUUGGGCCUUACUUCAUUGAGCCCGUGAUCGCCGGGCUGGACCCCUACGAUAACCAGCCUUAUGUGUGCAAUAUGGAUCUGAUUGGCUGCCCCAAUGAGCCAGAAGACUUUGUGGUGUCGGGUACAUGCUCAGAGCAACUGUACGGAAUGUGUGAAGCGCUCUGGGAACCCAACCUCAAGCCGGAUGAGCUCUUUGAAACUAUCUCUCAGGCACUCGUGAACGCGGCCGAUCGUGACGCAAUCUCCGGUUGGGGCGCUGUCGUGUACAUCAUCGAGAAAGACAAGAUCACCGAGAAACACGUCAAGACGAGGAUGGACUAGUGUGUUUGUGUAUGGGAUGCUGGUAUUAUCUUAACGUUUUAUUAAUAAAGCUAUCUAAAAUCCGA